GAAUGGAAUAUUAAAUUCCUCCAGCUAAUCUUAUAUAUGAACAAACGUUUUUCUUUCCUUCAUAUCGCGCGGCAUAAUGUAUGCAAAAGUGUUGUUUCUUUGUAGUGUUGGUAUUUUAUACAUACGUGGAUGUGAAGGCGGUUAUUGUACUCAGUACACUACAUGUUCAUACAGUUGUUACCGUAAAACUACCUACUACACAAGUUGUGGCUGGUUGUGGCUGUCAAGAUGUAGAAGAUACAGAUCGGCUUCAGAUACCUGCUACAAGCAGUGCAGUCAAAGCAGCAAGUGUUGUACCGGAUAUAACGGGUUGAAUUGCGCUCAACCAAUCUGUUACGGAUCAAACAGUUGCCCAAAUGGCGGAACAUGUACAGCCCCAGACACGUGCAGAUGUCGUACUGGAUUUUCCGGAACAAAAUGUUCAGAUAUUAACGAAUGUAGUUCCGGCACAGCGAGCUGUAGCCAAGCAUGUAUCAACACACAAGGUUCAUUCAGGUGCUCUUGUAGAAGCGGUUAUUGGUUAUCGAGCGACGGCAGAACAUGUUAUGAUAUAAACGAGUGUAGUUCUGGCAGAGCGAGAUGUAACCACACAUGUAUAAACACACAAGGAUCGUUCAGAUGCUCAUGUAGAAGCGGCUAUAACUUAUCAAGCGAUGGCAGAACAUGUUCAGACGUUAACGAAUGUAGUUCCGGCACAGCGAGAUGUAACCACACAUGUAUAAACACACAAGGAUCGUUCAGAUGCUCAUGUAGAAGCGGCUAUAACUUAUCAAGCGACGGCAGAUCAUGUUCAGACGUUAACGAAUGUAGUUCCGGCACAGCGAGAUGUAACCACACAUGUAUAAACACACAAGGAUCGUUCAGAUGCUCAUGUAGAAGCGGCUAUAACUUAUCAAGCGAUGGCAGAACAUGUUCAGACGUUAACGAAUGUAGUUCCGGCACAGCGAGAUGUAACCACACAUGUAUAAACACACAAGGUUCGUUCAGAUGCUCAUGUAGAAGCGGCUAUAACUUAUCAAGCGAUGGCAGAACAUGUUCAGACGUUAACGAAUGUAGUUCCGGCACAGCGAGAUGUAACCACACAUGUAUAAACACACAAGGAUCGUUCAGAUGCUCAUGUAGAAGCGGCUAUAACUUAUCAAGCGAUGGCAGAACAUGUUCAGACGUUAACGAAUGUAGUUCCGGCACAGCAAGAUGUAGCCACACAUGUACCAACACAGAAGGUUCAUUUAGGUGCUCGUGUAGAAGCGGGUAUAGUUUAUCGGGCGACGGAAGGACAUGUUCAGAUAUUGACGAAUGUAGCUCCAGCGCAGCGAGAUGUGAUCACACAUGUACCAACACACUAGGCUCAUUCACAUGCACCUGUAGAAGCGGCUAUAGUUUAUCGAACGACGGCAGAACUUGUUCUGAUAUAAACGAGUGUAGUUCCGGCACCGCGAGAUGUAAUCACACAUGUACCAACACACAAGGUUCAUUCAGAUGCUCCUGUAGAAGUGGCUAUAACUUAGCGAGUGACGGCAGAACAUGUUCUGAUAUUAACGAGUGUACUUCUGGCACAGCGGUAUGUAAUCACACUUGUACCAAUACACAAGGCUCUUUCACGUGUUCCUGUAGAAGCGGCUAUAGCUUAUCGAGCGACGGCAAGACUUGUUCUGACAUAGACGAAUGUAGUUCCGGCACAGCGCGAUGUAACAACACAUGCUCCAACACACAAGGAUCUUUCAGUUGUUCCUGUUUAAGCGGCUAUAUUUUAUCGAGCAACGGCAAAACAUGUUCAGAUAUUGACGAGUGCAGUUCCGGUAUAGCGAGAUGUAGUCACACAUGUACGAACACACAAGGCUCAUUCACAUGUUCCUGUAGAAGCGGCUAUCGUGUAUCAAGCGACGGAAGAACAUGUUCAGAAAUUGACGAGUGUAGUUCUGGCACAGCAAGAUGUAAUCACAUAUGUACCAACACGCAAGGCUCAUACACAUGUUCCUGUAGAAGCGGGUAUAGUUUAGCAAGCGACGGCAGAUCAUGUUCUGACAUUGAUGAGUGUAGUUCCGGCACAGCGAGAUGUAGUCACACAUGUACUAACACACUUGGCUCAUUCACAUGUUCCUGUAGAAGCGGCUAUAGUUUAUCGAGCGACGGCAGAUCAUGUUCUGACGUUAACGAGUGUAGUUCCGGCACAGCGGGAUGUAAUCACACAUGUACCAACACACAAGGGUCAUUCACAUGCUCUUGUAAAAGCGGUUAUAGUUUAUCGAGCGACCUGAAAAGAUGUUUAGACAUUGACGAGUGUAGUUCCGGCACAGCGAGCUGUAACCACACAUGUACCAACACACAAGGGUCAUUCAGAUGCUACUGUAGAAGCGGCUAUACUUUAGCAAGUGAUGACAGAAAAUGCUACGAUAUUGACGAGUGCAGUUCCGGUAUAGCGAGAUGUAGUCACACAUGUACGAACACACAAGGCUCAUUCACAUGUUCCUGUAGAAGCGGCUAUCGUUUAUCAAGCGACGGAAGAACAUGUUCAGAAAUUGACGAGUGUAGUUCUGGCACAGCAAGAUGUAAUCACAUAUGUACCAACACGCAAGGCUCAUACACAUGUUCCUGUAGAAGCGGGUAUAGUUUAGCAAGCGACGGCAGAUCAUGUUCUGACAUUGAUGAGUGUAGUUCCGGCACAGCGAGAUGUAGUCACACAUGUACUAACACACUUGGCUCAUUCACAUGUUCCUGUAGAAGCGGCUAUAGUUUAUCGAGCGACGGCAGAUCAUGUUCUGACGUUAACGAGUGUAGUUCCGGCACAGCGGGAUGUAAUCACACAUGUACCAACACACAAGGGUCAUUCACAUGUUCUUGUAAAAGCGGUUAUAGUUUAUCGAGCGACCUUAAAAGAUGUUUAGACAUUGACGAGUGUAGUUCCGGCACAGCGAGCUGUAACCACACAUGUACCAACACACAAGGGUCAUUCAGAUGCUCCUGUAGAAGCGGCUAUACUUUAGCAAGUGAUGACAGAAAAUGUUACGACAUUGACGAGUGUAGUUUCGGAACAGCGAGAUGUAAUCAAACGUGUACAAACACACAAGGUUUAUUUAAGUGCUCAUGUGGAAACGGCUAUACUUUAGCGAAUGAUGACAGAUCAUGUUUUGAUAUAGACGAGUGUAGUUUUGGCACAGCGAGAUGCAACCACACAUGUACCAACACACAAGGUUCAUUCAGCUGCUCCUGUACAAGCGGUUUUACAUUGGCGAAUGACAGCAGAACAUGUUACGAUGAUGAUGAAUGCAAUGACGAGACGCACUUGUGUGAUCACCUCUGUGCAAACGAAGAAGGGGCGUAUAGCUGUUCCUGUAAGACAGGAUAUUCCUUGAACACAAACAAUCGCACUUGUUCAGAGAUGACAAGUCCUACCGGUAUGGCGUUGACCGCUUCACUUACUUCAUCCGGAACAAUAGUUGCUGUUGUGGUGGCUGUCAUUGUUUUUCUUGCAAUAAGGAGAUGCCGAUCAAAGCUUGGGACAAAGACGGACCAUCGGGUCUCUUAUAACAAUGGAGGUGUUGUUUCCUUCGAAAGGCUUAGGGCACAUACGAAUCAGAUGAGCGAAUAUACCGAGAACCCUUAUACUUCUCUAUCUGGCGUAGCUGAUUAUUGUGCGGCUCAAGACAAAUGCCAAGAUAAUACGGAUUUAUCAACAGAUGGCAUGGACAAUCCCACUUACGACGGUUAAUCAUGCCUCUCAACCUCAACUUAGAUGCUGUGAAAGCCCACUACAAACUCACUCUACAUUUUGCCAGUGCAUAUACUAGAUACAUAGCAAUAAACGUAGGGUUAGGGUUAGGGUUAGGGUUUGCCGGCCAUCUUGACACCAUUUUGGUUUUUAUCCUAUCCAAAUGAUGUUCGGAUACUGAUUGUUUGCUUUGGUUUGAAUCGAAUGUCAUUAAAAUUAGUUCAGACAAUUUAUUAAAGCAGAUGGAGUCCAUCAGAAGUAUAACGUUUCCGUUAAUAUGACGACUGUCUUGGACGCCAUUUUGAAUGUUAGUAACCGGUUUCAAAUUAAAAAAUGCAUACUUUUACAUUUCCUUUAUUUCAAACCUAGGUUCAAAUACAUGUUUGUAUAAAUAUUGUAUGUUUAAGACCUACUUGCGCCCAUCAACAUAUUUUGUUUUCCCCAAGGUGGCGAGAGGCCAUCAAUAAAAUCGUCUAGACUAACAAAAUAGGCAAACACAUUUUAUCUUUACCUCCAGGCAAUGCUUGGCAAAAUACCCCAUUUGGCUUAUAUAUUCUAACGCGAGAGAAUCAUAAGGCUACCUCCUAAUACCCAGGAAUAUAUUAUUUUCAGUAAUUCUUUAAUUUUACUAAGCGUUCAUUUGAUAACCAUUCAUAGUGUAUUGUUUAUUAAAAAAUAACUUAUAUUGGAUUACAUUACAUCCACAUUCAUUCAAAAGGAGUACUAAUACUACUUAAAUAGUGUUUAUUAACCAUAUAAAAGAAAUUAGUUUUCGAUUAAUAUGUGUAUAUACUGGUUCUGUUUUUUUUGUAAUCUGUGUUUUAUCUUAAUAGUGAUAACUUUCAAUAACUUACUAAUGAUAUACAAUUAAUAAUCAAUAUUUACAUGUUUAUGAUUCGUAUUUCACAAUAUAUAUAUAUAUAUAUAUAUAUAUAUAUAUAUAUAUAUACUCCAAAUAUUACAACAUUAUGGAAUGUAUAAUUUGUUUUAUAUCCUGAGUCUUUUAUGUAAAGGGUAUUUAAUAUGAAAUACGUUGGUGGCGAAUACACUAUCGGGUGAACAGUUAAUUUGAAACAGUUGUUAACUGAGCUUGGUAAAGUAUUAUUUUCUUAGAUUUUGCGAUUGAAAAAUACUUAGUAUCAAUAGUAAUCAGUUAAUGAUAUUACUUAAUAGAUUGAAAUGUUUGCACAUAUAAGCAUUAUUGAGGACGGAAGAUCUAAACCGAAAAGAUGUAUUAUGAAAUAUUACAUUUACAUAAUAUGAAUAUCACCUUUUGCUAGUGUGUCCUCAUUUAAGGGACGAACGCACAACAAACAUACCCAGGUAUUAUAUGUACUGGUCAAAUGUGAUCGAUUCUAACAACUUUUCUUGUGGAAAUAUUGAAUAAUAUUGCUACGUAUGUAUAUAUCAUUGGCUACAGAUACCGUAAAUGCUUACUUUCAUAUAAUUAACAUGUUUAGAUAUAUGCCACGUAUAAUUGUGGUUGACUGAGGUAAAAAUGUUUUAAUAUUUAUUGCAUAUCUAUGUUUCACUCAAUGCAUGUUGUCAUUCAAAUUCUUUUUUGUAACGGCCAUGUUCUAAUUGAAGAUGCUAAUAAAACUUAGGCUUCA